AUGACUAACGAGAAAGUAGCCAGUGUAAUGGCAACCCACUAUGAGCUGAUCUAUCUAUCUAUCUAUCUAUCUAUCUAUCUUUAUCUAUCUACUUCAUUUACUGCUUCCAUUUUAUUGUUUCUGUCUUUCAUUUUAAUUAAUUCAUUGUCUUUUCUUUCUUUCUACUUAAUACAUUAUCAUUUGUUUGUUUCUUGUUCAUAUCUAUCACAUUCUGUUCAUCUAUCUAUCUAUCUAUCUAUCUAUCUAAUUCCAUGUUCCAUUUCUUUCUUUCUUUCUUUCUUUUUUUUAGUUAAUUCAUUAUCACUUCUUUCUUUUGUUCUAUCGUUCUUUCUUUCUUUCCAAAUUAAUUUCUAUCUAUCUAUCUAUCUAUCUAUCUAUCUAUCUAUCUAUCUAUCUAUUCUUCGAUUAUUUUUUUUUCAAGCACGCAUGCGUGCUUCCACAUACGCAAGUAGAGUGGCGCCUCCUAUGCAUCUCUUACCUCCCCUUAUUGCUUCGUUUAAUUUCUAUUCACCCUUCUCCAACUCUUCUGUUUCUUCGACAACCCGACGAACAAUUUGCCCUCUUUCUUUCUUUCUUUCUUUCUUUCUUUCUUAA